AUGCAGAGCAGAUACUCCCAUGAAAUUGGCAAACUGUCAUUAUGGUUUAGUUCUGAGAAUAGGUCAGUACGCAAACUUUUCAUCUAUGAUUCUGAGUUGCUUUGCACCGCAGUGAGGGGCUCUGUGGUGACUGACAAUGAUCUCCUGGUCCUUUCUCUGCCAGUCAGGUACUUUGGGUUUUGUGACACGGGAUCCCCCGGAGGAUUUGACGGGAAGUCAACCAGGCGCGAGCUGGGGCACGAGAGGAAUUUAAGACCAGGUAGAACUUCACAAAGAACAUCACUACCAUUAUGGAUGAUUGCCCUUAUUGUGUUUGGAGUGCUGGCAGUCUUGGGAGUUACAAUUGGCCUUCUUGUUCAUUUUCUAGCAGUUGAAAAGAAGACCUACUACUAUCAAGGGAAUUUUAAAAUUAAAGGUGAUUCAUUCAACAGCAAUUAUGGAAAAGAGACUUCAGAAGAAAAUACAGCUCUGAGCAAGAUGAUUGAGAAUCGGAUGCUUGAUGCCUUUCAAAAGUCCAACAUCCACAAUCAAUAUGCCAACUCUCAAGUUAUCAAGCUAAUCCCAAGCUCUGAUGGUGUGAUGGUAGACAUUUGGCUCAUGUUUAAAUCUUCCCGGGGAAAGAAGACUGAUUUGAAAAGAAAUAUUGAAAGUAUCUUACGUCGAAUGCUGCAGAAUAACUCUGACUCCUUAACUUCAGAUCCUUCCUCCCUUACAAUUACAGAAACCAGUAAAGUUGAUGCUGAAAAGACAAUCAACAACUGCUGUGGGAGGAGGGCAAAGGUAUCCUCUGCAUAUGACAGAAUUAAAGGAGGAUCUGCUGCUCAGGAAGGAGAAUGGCCAUGGCAAGCUAGCCUGAAGCUCAAGAACCGACAUUAUUGUGGGGCGUCUCUGAUCAGCAACAGAUGGCUAGUGACUGCAGCUCAUUGCUUUAGAGAGCACAAAAAUAUAUCAGAAUGGACGGUCAGCUUUGGAACUGUGGUAAAUCCUCCUUACAUGAAGAAUAAAAUAAAAGCCUUUAUUAUUCAUGAAAACUACAAUCCCCGUGCCCACCAUGAUGACAUAGCUGUUGUGCUCCUCGAUAAGGCAGUCUCUUUUACAAACAACGUACACCGAGUUUGUCUUCCAGAACCUACCCAGAACUUUCCACCAGGGUCUGAUGUUGUUGUGACAGGAUGGGGAGCACUGUCUAAGAAUGGUCCAUAUCCACCAUCACUUCAAAAAGCACCAGUGAAAAUUAUUGACACAAGCAUCUGCAAUAGCAGAGAUUCCUAUGAUGGCGCUAUACUUGACACAAUGUUAUGUGCAGGUUACAUGGAAGGACAUAUUGAUGCCUGCCAGGGUGACUCUGGUGGACCACUAGUUUACCCUAAUUCUCGAAACAUCUGGUUCCUUGUUGGAAUAGUGAGCUGGGGAGAUGACUGCGGCAAAAAGAAUAAGCCAGGUGUCUACGUUCGAAUGACUUCCUACCGUCAGUGGGUUGCUUCCAAGACUGGUGUUUGAGAAAAGUAUUUUGUAGAGAUAAUUUCAAGUCAUACAUGUCUGUAAUGGCUAUACCUUAUUUAACAUGAAAUUGAAAGUGCUUUUGGCCAAUGAAUAUUCAGAUUCAUUAUUAUCUUGACAGGGCUAUGCUCUUUCUCUCCUCCAACAAAGGACUUUGACUGGAUUUCUCCUUUGCUCCCAUCAUUCUUUAUACUGUGUACCAUGCUUACCUGUGAAUAUGUUCUCUACCCUUAGCAGAAUGUAAGCUCCUUAAGAGCAGAGACUGACAUUCUCUCUCUCUUUUAAAAAAUUUUUCUAUUUCCAGUGUCCAACAUAGAGAAAACAUUUUAAGAUGUUGCUUAUUUGAAUCACACCAUAUUCAAAUACCUUAAUUCCCUAUUUAUUUACAUACUACAUAGGAUUCAAUUCUGGAAGUCAACUUCAGAAACAAUUUAAUUCAAUCCUCUUGUUUUCCUGAAGAGGUAACUUGGAUCUUGGGAGGGAAAUUGGCUUAGCAAGGUUCAAGGCUGGACAGAUAAUAAACAGCAAAAACAAAAACACCCCCCCCCCAAAGGAUUAGAAAACUGAGUAAAGAAAAGGAAAGUAUGACUAAUACUCAAAACGUGUUAUUUUAAAUAUCAAGAAAGUCAUUAUAUUUUCCUUCCCUAUGAUCCCAUCAAGAUGAAACAUUAUCAUAUUUGUUCUUUUUUUUUUUAUCACAGACGAUUGAUACCAUUCUUAGCAUUAUAAU